AUGAGCGACCGCGACACGAUAGCACCUCAAAUGAGCUCAGACAGAAAUAAUCAAAAGACCGACAUUGAUGGGGAAUCAUCAAGCUAUCUGGUCACGUUUGACGGCCUAGAUGAUCCUUACAACCCCAUGAAUUGGACCUUUCGCAAGAAAUUUAUCACUACAAUAUUAUACGGUCUGACAACAUGCUGGAUCACCUUGGCCUCUGCCAUUUUUGCUUCUACCAUUGAACCUGUCUCUGCCGAGUUCAAUGUCAAUACAGAGACAUCGGCUGCAGCAACGAGCUUGCUCGUGUUUGGCUUUGGUCUUGGGCCAUUGAUUUGGGCACCAUUGAGUGAACUUUACGGCCGCAAGUGGACGAUUCUCAUACCGUACUUUAUCGCCGCCGUCUUCUCCUUCGGUACAGCCACUGCCAAAGAUAUUACGACUAUCCUCGUGACUCGAUUCUUCACAGGUCUUUUCGGUAGCGCGCCUGUCACAAUCACAGGUGGUGUAAUGUCAGAUAUAUGGGCCCCUCACCAGCUCGGUAACGCCAUAGUCGCCUAUGGAGUUACUAUUGUCGGCGGACCGACCCUGGGCCCCAUCAUAGGUGCCGCCUUGUGCUCGAGUCGUCUCGGCUGGCGAUCGACCGAGUACUUGAUAGGCAUUGUCAUGAUGGCUCAGCUUGCGCUUAACCUUUUGGUGAUUGACGAGAGCUAUGCACCGACGUUAUUGGUUCGCAAGGCUUACAAAAUGAGAAUUGAGACUCGAGAUUGGGCAUUGCAUGCCAAGCAUGAAGAAUCGGGCAUAUCGUUCAAAGAAUUACAUCAGAAAUAUUUCAUCCGUCCUUUUCAACUCGUAGUAAACCCCAUCUGCUUUCUUAUGUCGAUCUACGCCUCGUUCGUUUAUGGAAUUCUAUAUGCCAAUCUGGAGAGCUUUUCCAUUGAGUACCAGGAGGUUCGCCAAUGGGGCCCUGUGGUUGGUAGCCUACCAUUCAUAGCACUGUUGAUUGGAAUCUUGUGCGCAGCAGCCAUUAAUAUAUAUAACAACAAGUAUUACGGCAAGAAGCUUGUAGAGAAUGGUUACAGAGCUGUGCCAGAAGCCAGAUUACCCCCGAUGAUGCUCGGGGGCAUUGUCUUUACAUCUGGGCAAUUCCUUUUUGCAUGGACCUCAUCUAGUCAUAUGACCUACUGGCCCUCUAUCAUCGGCAUCGCUUUAACCGGCCUUGGCUUCACAACUAUCUUCCAGGCUGCACUGGGCUACCUUAUUGACACAUUCACGUGUUACAGCGCUAGCGCAGUGGCGGCUAACACCUUUAUGCGAUCCAUGUUCUCCGGCGCAUUUCCUCUCUUCAUUAUACCUAUGUAUCACAAGCUUGGAGUGAACUGGGGUACAACUGUUUUCGGGUUUAUUGCCGCAGUGUUAAUACCAGUCCCCUUUCUAUUCUUUGCCUGGGGAAGAAAGAUUAGAGCUAAGGGAGAGUGGAGUAAGGGUAGUGUUUAA